GGACUCCACUUGAAUUAAUCUAAUUAGUUUUACUGGACAAUUAUGGCUACCUUGGAAGAUAGACUUUUGGGUGAAAAACUGCAGUAUUAUUGUAGCAGCUCAGAAGAUGAGCAGUCCAGUCCAGAAGAUGAUGAUAAAGUUGAUGAAGAUCAAGGAGCCAGCGGCAGCAAUAAAAUUCUCCAAGAUGCUGCUAUUGAUUGCGGCUCCAAGGAACUACAGCCAUGGGAGGGUUCUUCAACAAAUACAGGACCAAAGGGAGUCCUGAAGGAUUGGCGGAACUACAAGCAGAUGGAAACUGAGAAGAGAAAAGAAAAAGAAAAGGAAAGAAUUCAACUUGCCAAGAAACUUGCCCUCACAUGUCGUUCUCAUCUAGAGGAUGAGAAGGCUGAAGCUGCCCAAAAUGAAGACAAAGACGAUGUUGACAGCUUGCUUGACGCAGCAGUUCUGGAGUCCUACAUUGCACAGCGUAUGCAGGAGAUGAUGGAACAGGCAAAGUUGAAUUGCUCUGUCAAGUUUGGCCGAGUGGUUCACUUGAAAAGCACCGAGGAGUUUUUGAAAGCAGUUGAUGAGGAGGACAAGAAAGUAACUGUGAUAGUGCACAUAUAUCGCAAGGACGCUGCAGGCUGCGAUGCGGUGUCAGGCUGCCUUGCCUGCCUCGCUCAAGACUAUGAACACGUCAAGUUCUGUGAGCUUAGCGCCACCACCGCCGGCCUCUCCAGCAAAUUUGUGGUGAACGGUGUCCCGGCCUUGUUGGUCUACAGAGGUGGGCUCAUGAUCUCCAACUUCGUUCGCCUCACCGACAGUUUGGGGGACGACUUCUAUGCCACAGAUCUUGAGUCAUUCCUCGUUGAGCACGGAUCGUUGCCAGACCGCACGUUGGUGCCGGCAUCCUGCAUACGGUCGUCAGCCGCGGAUGCCGGGGACGACAGCGACGUCAGCCUGGAUGACUGAUGAUGUCAGCGACGUCAGCCUGGAUGACUGAUGACGUCAGCCUGGAUGACUGAUGACGUCAUCACCACGCAUAUCAAGGAUCGAAGACGUUCAUUUAGAGAGAUGCUAGUUUAAAUUGAAUAUUAUUGUCAAUAAUGUCAGUCAUUCCUAUUAUUUAUUUGUUUUGUUGUAAAUUCCAUUGAUGCAUUUAUUCCUCAUAACGUUCAAUAGAUCUGCAAUGACCUUGAUCAGCUUCGCCGUGCGAAUAAAGCCUCAUAAAAUUGUCUUCGUGCCGUCUAUUUGAAUUUAUCGAUUACAAAGGUGACAAUUAUGUGGUUUAUUUAAUAUUCAAAUGGACACGGGUUGAACCGCCAAGUACAACAAUUAUUGAACAUCAAUUUAAAUUUGAUAUUCAACUAGCACCAGUUCUGAACUCCAUCUGCUGGACGACAUCUUGCAACAUUUCUCGGGCGGAAAAUAGCGUGUUGUUCAUCCCCACUGUACCAUAGCCAUUAGUUUCAAAAAUCUUACGGAUAAGAAAUGGAUAACUUCAUCUUCUUCGCUGAGUGCAAUUAAGUACCAAAUUUUUACAUCGUUUUUUAACGUAGAUUAUGCACAUUUUGUUGCAAUGUAUUCAAUAAUCUACUAGUAAAAACGUUCAAAAUAAUCUAGUCAUUCAUCAUUCUUAAUCAGUAAUGGAAUGUAGUCUUUCAAAUACUCAUCGAUUGAAAUGAAUCGGGUCAUCGUUGAACUCGAUGCAAAAUUAAAUUGUUGAUAGUUUUCAUGCAUUGAAGUAAUAUCCUGUACCCGUAACCUUGUAUUUUUUUAGUGUCGCAUCCACAUCAUCUUGCACCUAAAUAAAAGCCCUCAAAAUUUGA